AUGAAUAUAGAUUAAUUAUUAAAUGUAGUAGCAGAAAGAAUAGAUGAUUUAGAUAUAAGUAGUGUAGUAUAGCAUUAUUUAUUUGAAUUGGCUUAAAUGGCGGAUGAUAAUUAAAAUUAGGUGAUAGAUUUACAAAGUUUUGUAACUUUUUUUGUUUAACGAAUGGAGGAGAGUGGUUUAGAAGGAUUGAUAACAAUAACAAGAUUAUUAUAAUUUUAUCAGGAUGUUCGUUCCCAAAUAUAAUGCUGUGUAUAAUUAAAGCAUAUAACAGACUAUUUAAUAUCGAGUGCAGAAUAAUUAGAUAUUUAUUUUAAUAAGAAGUUUCUUCCAAAGCAUUAGAUGAGAACAAAAAAGCGUUAACUAAUUGCUUCAGAGAUAUCUCCACCAGAAAUAUUGGGGUUGAAUUAAGAUAUGCUUAGGAGAAUCAUAAAUGAUCUAAAGACUAUAGAUACAAAUAGUAAGACAUAAAUAAUAUAGGCUAUAAAUCAUUAAAAUGAAUUAUUUCUAUUGAUGCAAUUUCAAGAGAAGAUUAGUUUACAUAUAGGAUUUGAAUUUUAGAAAUUUAUACGAUUAAAAAAGAAUGAUGAAGGAAAUUAUAUACAAUUAAUAAGUUAUGGUAAUAAUAGAUUAGGAUGUGUUAUGCGUGAUUUAACUAUUGUAUUCUGGGAUUAAAGUGAUGGAUAUUAAUUUGAUUAUAAAGUUUAAAACAGUGUAGAAAUACAAAAAUUGAGAUAUCUUCAUCUUUAAGAUUAAUGGAUUAGUGUUAAUAAAUAGAAUUAAAUAAUGAUUUGGAAUUUAGAAACAGCCAAUUAUAUUUGUAUCACUUAACAAAUAAACUAAAUUAUAGACAUUUCAGAAAUUGAUCAUCUUCAAAUGCUAUUAGUGAUAUCAAAUCCAAAUAUAGUAAAUUGUUUCGAUAUGUUUGAAUAGAAAUUCCUAUUCAAAUUUUAUACUCUUCACAAUAUUAUAACAAAUGUCAAGUAUUCAAGAACAUUUUAAUUAAUAUUUACUAUUGGAUUAGAUAAUUAAAUUUGUUGCUAUCAAUUACAUACUAAAUAUAAUGAUUAAAAUCUGAAAUGUUAAUUGAAAGGACAUUUAUCCACAAUUAGUUGUAUUGAAUUACUUGAAAAUACAUCUUUAUUAGUAAGUAUUGAUUGUAAAAAUACUAUAAUAUUAUGGGAUAUUAGAUCAUAGUAAAUUCAUUAACAUAUUAAAUUAUAAACUAAGUUAAUGUCCAAAUAGUUAUUCUAUUACAAUAAGUGUUUAUGUUUAAUCACAACUAGAUUAUAAGCUUUACGUUUUGAAUAACAUGAUGACACUCCUAAAAAUACAAAACUAAUUGAACUCAUUUAUGAUUAAUGGAAUCAAAGAAAUAUUAUUGUUACCAGAACAGAUGUUCGGAUUUAGAAUUGUAUUAAUGGCAAAAUAGAAUAUAUUUUAUAGGAUUUCAAAGAUGAAAUUACUGCAGUCUGUCUUAUAGAACAUAAUAAUUAUAUGAUUUUAGGCACAUCUGAAGGUCAUGUAUUAAAAGUCUUAAUAAAAAAUGGAGAAAUCAUUUAAUAAUGGGAUCAAUUAUUCAAUGAAGAGAUAAUUAAAAUCUCAUAUGAUGAAACAUCCAAUCUACUUCAUAUUUUAAAUAUUGAAUCUUCUCUAAAAUGUCUCCCCUUGUAACAUCUUAAUGUACGUAAAGACAAUGUUGUUGCAAAAGAUAAGCGAGCACUUAGAUAAUUGAUUCACCAUUCAUAAGUUAAUAUUUGUACCUUCAAUCUAUCUCAUGGUUUACUUAUCACCAGCAACGAUGAGUUAAUUACUAUUUGGAAUUUAGAAUAUUACUCAGUUGUUAUUCAAAUCUAAUUGGAAGAAUAAGCUAUUGCUACAAGCAUUUUAAUUUCUAAUAAUAAACAAUUCUUCAUUGUAGCUACAAAUCAAGGCCAAUUAUAUUUCAUAUCCAUCAUAUCCAAAAAUGAUCAUUAUGUUUGUGCUAUUGAAUUGAUUCUUAACUUUGAUGAUGGACUUCUUAUGAUUACUAGUCUAAUUGAUAGAAAUUAUGCUACUCAAAUGUUAAUUGAUGACUCUGAUCUUAUAGUUGGAUUGAAAAAUGGAUACAUGCUAAAAUAUGAUAUUUCAGAACUCAAAAUUUAACCAUAAGAUCCAAUUAACACUAAACCUAAUUAUAAUCCUUAUCGUGUAAUCUAUCACAAUAAUAUUUAAGAACAUUUUAUUGACAAUUAUAGAAUUAUUAAUUCUUAUCUUGUUAAGGAUAUCAAUAUGAGUUAACAUCUCAUAUAACUUCAACGUUCUCCAAAUUAAAAAAUCAAAUAAAAGUUUAGAACUGGAAUGUCUAGAUUGAGUGCUAUUAAAAAUAUGGCUGGGUAAUUUUAUGAUUAACAUUUUGAUACUCCCAAUCAAACACCUACUUUAAGUGUCUCCAUUCACUCUGAUACCAUAAUUCAAUUAUCGUAUAUGCAAAUAGACCCCUUUGAAGUGCUUUUUUCAACCAAAACUUAACUUAUAAUUUCUGCAAGCUGUAAUGAUGUUAUAAAAAUUAUUAACAAAUCUUUUGAAGUUUUAUGUUUGUUUGAAAUUAACAAUCCUACUUCUCAUUUUUGGAAUCUUAACGCACAAACAUAUAAACUUAAAGCGCACAUUCUUUUUGCUCUCGAAUUACUCAAGUCUAUUUAACAUAAACUUACAAAAGAAAAAUAAAUGUCCUAUAACAUUGACAAUAUAUUAAGAGAAUGUUCCUUAAUAUAUAUCAAAAACAAAUAUUAUCCUCCUAAAAUUUAAAGUCAUACCAUAAACAAUAAUUCUAACAAUAAUACAAAUUCACUUCCUGAUUUAGUUAAUAAAAGUGCUCAUUCUCUAAGAUUUUACAAUGAAAAAAUUAAAUAUCAAAAAUAGUAAUUGGAUAUUUAACAAUAAGAAAAAUAAAUAGAAGAUUCAACCAAGAAAAGGAAUCGCUACUUUUAAACUUAAUAACUGUAAUCUGAAAAGAAAGAGAUUUUAGAUUAUUUAAGAUCUGAAGAAAAAACGAAUGAACAUGAUGAUUUUGCUAAAACUCUAAUUAAUAUUCGUAUGAAAACAGAACCUAAAAGCAAUCUUCAAAUCUCAAAGAUUACUCGAAUUACCAAUUUUACAGAGAUGACAAAUCGUUCUUAAAUUAAAUAUCCUAAUCAUAGUAAGGAAGUUUUCAAUUUGAUUAGAUAAGUCAUAUAAAGUCCAAAUAAAAAAUUAACUGAUAAAGAAAAAUAUGACAUUAAAUAAAAAUUGAAAAUUACAAAAAUGGAAAAGUUCAAGUCUAAAUUAUCUUGA